AUGUCGAGGUCCUUCACAGGCUGCAAGAGAUGUAAGGCGCGCCGACAAAAAUGUGACGAGCAGAGACCAAGCUGUGGGCGCUGCCAGACUGCGGGCGAGAAAUGUCAAUAUGCGAUGCAAUUGCAGUGGGGAGGACGGACGUUCUCGCGAUCCCGGUUUGGGGCCUGCGUCGGAGCUGGGGGUAUGCAGAGACUCGAGUAUUCACCAGGAGAGUUUAUCUACACAACCAAAGCGGCGGUACAGUCGGCCAGCGCCAAAACUGGAUCAGAACUGACUCGAUCGCAAUCCGUCGACCCUUUCUCGUCCUUGUCCUCCAAUCAAAAGGCUCUUUUACACCAUUUUAUCAACGAUGCCUCUCAGAUUACGGCGUGCCAUUCGGGUAUGCAGAAGGAUAUAUGUCGCAUGCUGAUCCCCAUGGCUCUCCAGACUCCCUCAUUACUCUACGCCACCACCGCUCUCUCGGCGAUCCAUAUCCAAGCCCUACAUAAUCAGUCAGAGAGCGUGAAAUCAGCUCCGGAUAUUGCUCGACUGAUGGCUCUCAGUCUGGAACAUUUCCGGAAAGAGCUGCAGAAUCCCUCGUCCAAGGGCUCGGAAGCGUUAGUAGCGACGGCCCGGACACUCUGCCUGGCCGAGAUCCAUUCUGGAGCGAUCAAUCCGAACUCAUGGAGAGCCCAUAUUGAUGGAGCGAGGGCUUUGAUGAGGGCGUCGGAUGUUGCUGGUGAGGAUUCACCACGGUCCACGAGCGGUUUCCGGCGGUAUUUGGAUCGUUGGUAUUGGUCGAUUGUUUCGCUCACGGCUCUGACCGGGAAUGGCCCGCCCAUCGGAGAUGUCUCAGAUUUCGCCUCGUCUGAUCUAAUGGGACUGGGCGGGACUCCUGAUUAUUUGGAUGAUUAUUGGGGGUUCAGCGUAGACCUUGCAGCCGUGUUCCGGCAGAUUGGUGCUGCUGCCUGGCGAAGCCAUGAAGCCGAGAAGGCGACCCAGGGCUUUGUAGCAGGAGAGAUUGAUAGCGAUGUCGAGAAUGAUGCCGCUUCUCUGGAAUUUGCAAUUCGACAACUCAUGAAUCGCGAUUCAAAUUCACAACCUUUGUUUUAUCCUGGGGCCGCACAGGCAUUGUCGGCAGAGAGCGCGCAACAGCUCUUGCUCUGCAAUGAGGCAUUCCAACACAGUGCGCUCAUCCAGAUCCACCGUCGACUUCGGAAGACACCAAGUACGUCACCAGAAGUGCAGCAAUCGGUCCGGCGCAUCCUGGAAUGCACGGCACAGAUUGGUCCAUCAGCAGGUCUCUCGCCUUGGGUAAUGCUAACAACACCGAUUUUCAUUGCGGGCUGCGAGGCGCGCGACCAAGAUCGGGAUACGGUCAAGCGAUUGUUAUCGUCUUUGCACGACACUAUUCGUGUUCCGAACGUUCUUCAGUCAUUGAGGUUCCUCGAGCAGUACUGGUCUAACCAGCUCAGUGAAGAAGAAGACUGGAGCCAUUUCCUCGAGCGAAUGCAGCUCGAUUUCAUCCCUUACUAA